CACACUCAUCCAGGAGAACUUAAGGACGGAGGACACACUUUUGCAUCUUAUUGUUGCUUGAGAGCAGGUGAGCAUUGAUUAUUGUAUUGCGUUCUGUUGACGAUAUUUUAUCUGUGAACACUGUUUGUCAAAUUGAAUCAUUAGGCCAGUAUACCAUUAGUGUUAGCAGUAACUAGACAGUGUCAGCUAUAUUAUGUAGCUAUUUUUUUUUUUUAGGGUCCAAUUGAAGAUGGAAGAAAAACUCUCAGAUGAAAAAUUAAAAUGUAUGCUUGCCCUUUGGAGAUUUUCCUUCAGAGCACCAGGAUUUGAAAACAGGCUGGUGAUGGCUCUACAACUAUUUGAGCGUUUCCCUUUAGACAUAGCUGUGACCGGAGGAACACCGGAGGCUAAUGCUCAGCUGGCUUCUGCAAUCUGUGGGCCGGGUGAGGAAAUCGAAGAGGAGGAAUGGGAAACUGAUGAUGAAGGUGAUGAGGAGGAAGAAACAGAUGAGGAAGAAGAAGCAGAAGACUGGGAGGAAGAUGAAAGUGGAGAUGAGGAACCUAGUAUAAAGUUAAAUACUAAUCACCAGAGCAGCAGCAGGGGGAAACGUGUACGGAUAGCAGAGCAUGCAGAAUAUAUAGGGAGGAGCAUUCCUGAUUUUGACUCUGUGAUUUUACACAGUCAAAUCCCAAAUGUUCGAGUGUGGACUGUGCAGGGCCAUCCAACCUCAAAUUCAAUUAUUAAUAAUCUGACCAACCAGCAGUAUGACUCUACAUGCUAUGAUGUUCUAGUGGUUCUCACUACAGAAAAGCACAAAGAGGACCAAAUGUGGCUCAAAAUGGAAUUGCAUGGUAGAGAUCAGCCUUUUUUUCUGGUUCAAGCUGAGCGGGACUUGGACGUGGUCGAAAAGAAGCCUACAGGGCCAUGCAUGACCUGCGCCUGGGAACGAAAGAGAGCUCGAACGCUGGAGUUGCAAAAGAAAAGUAAAGAAGUAUUUGGAGAGACGGCCGAUUCAGAAGCAGACAGUAAGAAUACUUCAAACGCUUCCCAAGAUCCAGAGUCUGUGAAGAUGAAGGAUAUCGCGAAGGUGCUUGCUGAAGCCCUGCCUGAGCUUCGGAAGAAAGCUUUUAGUCAGUUUCUGGUGGUGAUUACAAAGGAACUUCAGAUUCCCAAAUUACUAUCCGAUGACACACAGUUUGUGGUCUCUACUGCUUUAAGGUCAAGGAAGAUAAACCAGGAUGAUCUUGAUCAGAUCACCAAGCUCUCGCAGCUGAGAGAUCUCACAGACAAUCCUUCCAAGCUUCAGGCCAUCCUUGCAGCUCUCAGUCACUUCCGGCUGGAUAUCGGUGUGCUGGGUGAGACGGGCUGUGGCAGCUCCAGCUUGGUCAAUGCCCUCUUGGGCCUGGAGAAUGGUGAUGAUCGAGCUGCCUCAACUGGUGUCACUGAAAUGACCAAAGAGGCUGUGAAGUAUCCCUCCCCCUCCCCCAACAUCUGUUUUUGGGACCUUCCUGGGACUGGAAAAAUAAGUGAUUUUGGCAGCCUGUCUUGCGUGUCCAGCUCUUCUGAAUCUCAAUGCAUAACAUCUGCACUCUCUUUGUGUGAUGUAUACAUACUGGUUUCUCCUUUGAGGCUUAGAUUGGGAGCCAUACAGUUGCUGCAGCAAGCAUCCUCCCUAGGGAAAGAAUGUUACCUGGUGCUUUCCAUGGCAGACUUGAUUAAGGAAAAAUCCAUUGUAGAGGUGAGGCAAUGGACUGAGGAAGUCUUGGGUAAACUGGGUCUCCAGCAGAGCUUUUUUCUGGUGUCUGCUCAUCAUCCAGAAACACUGGACUUACCCAAGCUAAAGGAGACGAUGAAUGCAGCCUUUCCGAGUCAUAAGAGAGUUGCUUUUGCCAGAUACGCAGCAAAUCAACUGGAUGGAGAUGUUUUCUGGAAAAGAUCAGAUUCUUGCAAAUUUAUGUAAAUAGUUAAAAAAGGGUAUAUUCUCAUAUGCAUGUUUUACUAGGGAGGGAUUUCUGUUUGUGUAACUGCUCGUUACUCUCCAAAUA